CUUCAGAAUAGCAAAUACACUUCCAAUAAAUAUAUAAAUAAAUAAAGAGAAUUUUCUCUGCGUCGGUCAACUUCGCCUUCGUUCGUUCCGCUCGCUUUCUGUUUCCUUGUCGAUCUCUGAAGCAACGAGAAAGCGCCACUGCGGACAUUGCCACAAGCAGAGCCAAAGGAUCAAGCGGCGGACAAUCCGGUCGUUCCGUUCUGCGGAAGCGCAUCUCGGCACUUCGUUUCGACCUUCUGUUCAUCAUUUGCAUCGCGCUUUUGGAUUGUUUGGGCCAUCGGCUGCAGAGGAUUUGAGAAGGACUUGAUGAGAUAGGAGAUGGGUGUUCCCUCGAAUGGCGAUCUGCGCUGAACGGUGAAGUGGUGUUCUGAUUCCGGUUCUGUUCGUUUUCCGGGGAAACUUUCACGAUAAAGGUGGUGGAGACUGACUGAGAGAGCUCGUCGUCGUCGGAGGUUGUUUCCAGAUGGGUUUCUUCAGCACUAUAUUGGGAUUCUGCGGUUUCGGAGUUGGAAUUUCUAUGGGUCUCGGCAUCGGCUACUACCUUUUCAUAUACCUGCAGCCCUCCGAUGUUGAGGAUCCUGAGAUUCGUCCUCUAAUCGAGCAAGACACCGAAACUUUGCGGCGAAUGCUUCCCGAGAUACCUCUCUGGGUGAAAAAUCCCGAUUAUGAUCGUAUGGAUUGGCUAAACAAGUUUCUGGCACUUAUGUGGCCCAACCUUGACAAGGCAAUUUGCAAGACUGCUGAGAAUAUUGCAAAGCCUAUCAUUGCAGAGCAGAUUCCAAAAUACAAGAUUGACUCGGUUGAGUUUGAAAAACUUACGCUUGGGACACUGCCGCCAACUUUUCAAGGCAUGAAAGUCUAUGUUACUGAAGAGAAGGAGCUGAUCAUGGAACCGUUUAUAAAAUGGGCCGGAAAUCCUAAUAUCACCAUUGCUGCAAAAGCAUUUGGCUUGAAGGCUACUGUCCAGUUGGUGGAUCUGCAAGUGUUUGCUUCACCGAGGAUCACUCUAAAACCCCUUGUCCCAAGCUUUCCUUGUUUUGCCAAAAUCUAUGUCUCUCUCAUGGAGAAGCCACAUGUUGAUUUUGGACUUAAGCUUGUUGGUGCUGAUCUUAUGUCAAUACCUGGUCUCUAUAGGUUUGUUCAGGAGAUUGUCAAGGACCAAGUUGCUAAUAUGUAUCUAUGGCCUAAAACGCUAGAAGUGCAGAUCAUGGAUCCUACAAAAGCACUUAAGAGGCCUGUAGGAAUUCUCAAUGUGAAGGUUAUAAGGGCAAUGAAGCUAAAAAAGAAAGACUUGCUGGGUGCUUCGGACCCCUAUGUGAAAAUGAAGCUCGCCGAUGAUAAACUUACCUCAAAGAAGACGUCUGUGAAGCACAAGAAUCUGAACCCUGAGUGGAAUGAGGAGUUCAGCCUGGUCGUCAAAGAUCCGAGCACACAGGUUGGACAAUUCAAUGUCUAUGACUGGGAACAGGUUGGAAAGCACGAUAAGAUGGGCUUGAGCUCAGUUCCUUUGAAGGACCUCAUUCCUGAGGAACCGAAGGAGAUGACUCUCAACCUUUUGAAGACAAUGGACCCCAAUGACCCACAGAAUGAUAAGCCGCGGGGACAGCUCGUCGUGGAAUUGACGUAUAAGCCCUUCAAAGAGGAUGAGAUGCCAAGAGGCUUUGAAGAAACACAGACAGUGCAGAAGGCUCCCGAGGGGACACCAGCAGGAGGGGGCCUGCUCGUGGUCAUAGUUCACGAGGCAGAAGAUCUUGAUGGGAAGUAUCAUACUAACCCAUACGGAAAGCUUACUUUCAGAGGCGAGGAGAGAAAAACUAAGGUUGUCAAGAAGACCCGAGAUCCGAGAUGGGAAGAGGAAUUCCAAUUCAUGCUCGAAGAGGAACCGACUAAUGAAAAAAUGCUCCUUGAAGUCAUUAGCACCUCCUCGAGGAAUCUGCUGCAUCCCAAGGAAACGCUGGGGUACAUCAAUGUCGGCCUUGCCGAUGUUGUGAACAACAAGAGAAUCAAUGAGAAGUACCACCUGAUCGACUCAAAGAAUGGACGGAUCCAGAUAGAGCUGCAGUGGAGAACCAGUUCCUGAUUGAAUCACCCGCUCUUUCCCUUCUCUUCCUUCCCUUGCAUUUGCAACAUAGUUUGAGCUUACUACUCUACGUCGGAAUACGAGCGGUAAGGAGGAUUCAUACUGUUUGGCCAAAUGAGCCUCGAGAGGUUUGAUUUUCAAUAGUAUACGUGGUUUUAGGGACGGGAAUAAAAAGCCGAGAUACCACGUGGAGCACUGAGCUUGUUUGGCUCUGAGAUUCUGGUUCGUUUCUUUUAGUUCGUCUCAUUUCUUGUCGCGAAUGGACACAACUUCUAUAGAUAUGAACAUUGAAUACCAAGUAGAAUAGCACAAAGAAUGAAAUACGAGAGUCGACCUACCAUAUUGGUAGUUCAGAAGUUUUAA